UAUUAAAUUACGUUACGGCUCUUUAUCAACAUAAAGAAAAUGUGUUUGACAAACCCAGAAUAAGUAACAAGCGAACAGACAGAUCAAAAACAACGAGAACUAGGAGAUCAGAAAUAACAGAAAUCAAUAAAAAAGUCACAUCCAACGAUACACACGCUUACGUAGUGUCUACAACAGUACAUGUUACACCUGUCAACUUGCGUUUGCCUGAUUUUAUAAUACCAAAAGAAUACAAAAUUAAUUUAAGAUUAAAUACAGAAGAGGAUAUCUUCUCUGGAAUAAGUAAUAUUACCAUUAUGAUUUAUAAACCUACACAAUAUAUAAAUCUGCAUUCAGCAAAUUUAGAAAUAACUAGUUGCAUGUUAACUGAUAUUAUUGAUGGAGAAAUAAAUGUGUAUGGAACACGUAAUAUUACCUAUAUACACAAACUGCAAAUUGUCGUCUUGGAUUUCCUUGUUGUCCUACAUCCUGAUGAAUAUAAUUUGAUCAUGACUUAUAAAGGUGUCAUUGAUAAUGAUGUCGGAGGAUUUAUCAAGAUGCCAUAUAUAAAUGCGACAGGACAUAAAAAAUGGCUUAUCGCAACAAGUAACUCAGUGACAGGAAUGCGACGUCUCUUUCCAUGUUGGGACGAACCGGGAAUAAAAGCUAAAUUUACCAUUGCUAUAAAAUAUCCUGAACAUUACAAUGUUUUUUCAAAUACACCUUUUCUUCUCUCAACAUUGACGAUGACACGUUUUGUUACAACUCCUGAAAUCCCUACGUACCGUAUAGCAAUUUUGCUACUCGAUGAAAAUGAUUAUAUUCAUAUUUCCCCUGUACAAAAUCUUGAAUUAUGGAGAAGGAAAUCGGUCGAAGAGCAAUGGAAUCAAAUUUUAAAAUUAAUUAAAAAUGUCACAGUCGAAGUUGAAUUUAUAUGGCGACAAUAUGUUCCAGAAAAAUCUUUAAUGAGAAAUAAAUAUGCGAUCGCAGGUUUGACAGAUGAUAGCGUGGAUAAAUUGCAUUUCGAACUUUACAGAGAAGAAGAUAUUAUUUACAAUGAAGAAAUAGAUCCUAUCGCACGCAAAAUUGAGUUAUCACGUAUAGUAGGACGUAAAGUUGUAGGUCAAGUGUUUGGUACUGCGGUUAGUCCGUCAUGGUGGUCUUACAUGUGGCUGAACGAGGGUAUUGCUACGUUGUUCGGCGUGUACAUAAUCAAUCAGAUACAGAAAUGGAUACGUAAGAAUCUUGCUAAUUCAUUACUUCAGAAAAUUGAACGCAAAAUAGAAAUGCGCCUCAAGAAACACUAUAAUACUAUAGAUGAUGUAUGUAAGAUGAUCCUGCUUUAA